AUUAGCAUCAUCGCUAACAGCUACACAUGGUGGAUCAUUAGCAUCAUCGCUAACAGCUACACAUAGUCGAUCAUUAGCAUCAUCGCUAACAGCUACACAUAGUGGAUCAUUAGCAUCAGCGUCUUUCGGGUGAUGCUUCUUGUGUGACGUAUAAUCGAGUGGACGGAACUGGAGGCUUCUAUAACAGCGACAAAAGGCUACUGAUUUGACCAACGUGGUGGUGUGCUAGCAAACAUAAAACCGAUUCAUUGAAGCGUUUUAGACCAAUUUAUUGUAUAUUACUCUUAGUGCUUUGAACAUACUUGUGUUUACUUAUCUACUAGCUAAUUUCAACGUCAUUUGCUUGUGAAAUUAGCAACAUUGAUACAGCAUUUGGCUAAUCUCCCGGAGCAUAAACUCACUAAGCAAGACGGAGAAAGAAGCUUUCAGAAUGAAAAAGGAGAAAGAUGCCAUAACAUUGAAAGAAGAGAAUGUAGUGAAAAAAGAGGAAGAACAUUUUGGAGUGAAAGAGGAGGAAGAACAUUUUGGAGUGAAAGAGGAAGAACAUCAUUUUGGAGUGAAAGAGGAGGCUAUCUCAGUAAAAGAGGAGAAGAAAGACGUUUUGGGAGUGAAAAGGGAGGAGGAGGAGACUGAACAUCCGAUUACCACCAGAGGAAAAGCGAACUUGGAGGAACCAGAGACGUCCGAACCAGCAAGACGACACCUCUGCUCCCAGAUUGGAAAGAGUUUUACCAAGUUAGGAAGCCUGAACAGACAUGAGGGGACACACACUGGAGAUGGGGAAAGUGACACAGAAUUACUACAGGACGAAGACGAGUCACUGAGCGAACACAGCUUUGACUCCCAGACGGAAGAUAUGUUUCUACAUGGCGAGGACAUAGUUUUGGACUGUGCCAGGGACUCGGAUGAACAAUGGGAACCCCCAAUGUCAAGGUGUCCAUCCACCACUAAUUCAGACGCUGAAGCUGGUUCAUCCAGCCGGACCCCUGCUGCCUCCGGCUCCACACCUUCCCCCGCCCGGCCAUCUAGAGGUGUGAAGAAGCCAGCCCAGAAGCGGAGGAGGGCCAGUGAACCGGCGACAACUACCACCGAGGCAGAGGACCGUUGGCACACUGUGCUAGAAGAUGAUGUGGAGCCACUUCCACCAACAUUUAGACCGAAAAGGCAGCCAGGACCUCAGCUGGACAUGACUGCAGAGUACAGCCCCCGUCAUCUUUUCCAGAUGUUUUUCUCCUUGUCAGUUCUUGAUUCGCUGGUUUCUAACACCAACAAGUAUGGGGCUAAGAAACAAGCAGGCAAGAAAGAGGCAUGGAAGCCCAUUUCCAUCCAAGACCUGUACUGUUACAUCUCACUGGUUAUUUACAUGGGGUUGGUGAAGUUGAAAACCCUGAAGGACUACUGGAAAACGUCACCUCUCUACCAACUGCCUUUCCCCACCACUGUCAUAUCCUGUAAAAGGUUUCUGACUAUCUCACGGGCGCUUCAUAUCAGUGACCCACAAGUUGACGAGGUCAAUGACAAGAAGAGAGGCACAGCAAGCUUUGAUAGGCUCUGCAAAAUCAAACCUCUCUACUCCAGCAUGGUUGAGGCCUGCAAGACCCAUUUUCAGCCCAACCAGAACCUGUCCAUAGAUGAGAGGACGGUAGCCUCAAAGGCUAGAAUUGGCCUCAAACAACAUAUGCCUAACAAGCUGUGUGGGUACAAACUCUUUGUUUUGGCCGAUUCUGUGUGUGCCUACACGUGGAAUGUGUUUGUUUGUGAGGGGGACAGCAGUUUUGCGACCGGUAAGGGACUCAGUUAUGAUUCCGUUAUGGAGUUGUUGGAUUUUCAGCUGCUGGGGACGGGCUACAAACUGUUUAUGGACAACUUCUACACAAGCCCUACCCUGUUUACAAACCUGAGGAAGCAGGAUGUGUGGGCUUGUGGCACCAUCCGUACCAACAGACAGGGCUUUCCGAAAACCAAGGUGAACGACAUGCCUAAGAGGGCAGAAAGGGGGACCAUGCGAUGGAUUCGUAAACACGACCUGCUCUUUGUUAAGUGGAUGGACACCAGAGAGGUGGUCAUGUGCUCCAGUAUCCACAAAUCCUUCAGUGGCGAUCACGUCAACAGGCGUGUGAAGGAUGCUAAUGAUGCAUGGACCACUAAAGAUGUCCCCAUUCCUGCUGCUGUGAAGGAUUACAACAAGAGCAUGGGAGGUGUGGACAAGUCAGACGCUCUGAUAGGCUACAACAAUGUUCUUCACAAGACAAUGAAAUGGUACAGGACAUUGUUCUAUCACUUCAUUGACAUUGCUGUGGUGAAUGCAUUCGUCCUUCAUAAGGAAAUGGCUCAGAGCUGUAGACAGACCUCCAUGACACCGCUAGCCUUCAGAGAGCUGCUCAUCCAGGAGCUUGCUGGCUACAACAUGUCCACUGCAUCACAUUAUGUCCCUUCUACUCAUGCCGCCAGUGGUGUUCACAUUCCCAAAUUCUUAUCUGCAGGCAUGAAUGUGCCUCGGGGUAAAAAGGGCACAGUGGGGAGGCGUCGUUGUGUUCUGUGUCACAGGAAAUGCGCUGUCGCCUGCACCGCUUGUUCUGUUACCCUCUGCUUUACACCAGAAAGAGACUGUUAUGGGCCUUGGCAUCAGCAGCAGAAUAUUGUGUAGAGGACUGAGGAUCUACACCAGAAAGAGACUGUUAUGGGCCUUGGCAUCAGCAGCAGGAUAUUGUGUAGAGGACUGAGGAUCUACACCAGAAAGAGACUGUUAUGGGCCUUGGCAUCAGCAGCAGGAUAUUGUGUAGAGGACUGAGGAUCUUCCAAAUACUGUCAUUCUAAAGUGUGUCAUUUGGAUUAUUUUUUUUUCAUUCUUUUUUUUUUGGGGGGGGGGGGGUGUUGGCAUAUAAUUUUUGUAUGUUGUAUAUAGUUAUUUGCUUGAAAAUGUAUCACUUUACCAAUUUGGCCACUUGGGUACAUUUGGGCAACUGGUGUGGGACACCUGGGUGAAUUCAUUCUAAAUGUCAUGUCGCUCGCUCAUUCCUGACGUUACCAGUCUAAAACUUUACACACACACUGAUGCCAUCUAGUGGCCAAAAUCGAAAUAGCGCCUGUGCUGGAAUAAUACAGUAUGGCCUUUCUCUUGCGUUUCAAAGAUGAUGUUACAAAAAAAAUGAUUUU